CACAUCUCCACGAGCGCUACUUCUACGAUACAUAUAAUGGCGGAGCCUACCUCAACUGCAGUUGGGCCCUACAUCCUGCAGGACCUGGUGGAUGAUCUGCCGUUGGAUACUCUGGCGCAUCAGAAUGUUACCAUAACCUGCCUUGAAUCUUGGGGAAACAACCUAUACGUGGGAACCUCCGCGCAUGAAAUCCUCCAUCUUGUUUCCAUUCCGGCGACCCCAAAUCCCGCAUCUCCGAAGCCUGUAUAUAUCCAAGCUUCUCGAUUGGAACCUCAAUCAUCCCCUACAACCUCCGGCCAGCCGUUCAUAAAACAGAUAUUUGUUCUACCCACAGUGUCAAAAGCCCUAGUGCUAUCAUCCACCGGACUUCUCACAUUCUACACGCUUCCAGAGUUCUCACCAGCAUUCAAGGGCACCAAACUGAAAGAAGUCUCCUAUGUCGGUGGUCUCAACCUCAACGAAGAGGAGGCGGACCAGCGCCCUGGUGCCGAAUCGAGUGAAGGAAGACCAAAAUUGGUUAUGGCCCUCGCUAAAAGCAGGAUACGAAUGAUCCGGAUCGGCGAGGAGCUUCGACUCGUCAAGGACAUACCACUAUCGAAUACCCUUUCGGCGGUACGGCGCGAUAGUAUCGCUUGCGUGGCAACGAACCAGAAUUACAAUAUGCUCGAUAUCGAUAAUAUCCAGCGGAUACCGCUGUUCCCAAUAUCUACGGCUUCGGAUCCAGAUCUUCCAGCUCCUCCGGUAGAACCUCCGGCAGAACCACCGACAGAACCACCGGCGGAAGAAGCAUCUGAGGACUCCAGCUCACAGCUCCAUCCACCGCGCGCGUCCUCCCUUGCCGUCCGGGAAAGAAGAAACAGUUCUGCCACGGUCACUCGGGAGGGGUCUACGGCUGUCACCCAUAACAGAUCCGUGAGCGCGGGCAACAUACCCCCUGGGGGUAGUGAGCGAGGCUCUCGCAGACCAACCUCCCGGCUAGGGCAAAGCCACCUUACUCCCGACUCCGGAACCCCACGGACAUCGUCCCCAGCCCCGCCGACGGGUAGGCGGCGCUCACAAUCCAGAGGGUCUCGGGUGUCUUCGCCUGCUCCUCCGCCACCUCCGCCAAAGAGCCCUGAACCAAGGGGCGCGUUAAAACCACACAUUGCAUCGCCGUCACCGGGCGAAUUCCUGCUGACUACUGGUACAACCCCGGAGGAUCCGGGUGUGGGGAUAUUUGUGAAUAUGGAGGGUGAUGGAACGAGAGGCACAAUACAAUUUGAGCGAUACCCUGACCAGCUAAUCGUACAAGGUGGCUGGGUCAUUGCUGUGAUACAUGGCAAGGGUUUAGAUAUGCAGCGGUGGGAUCUAGAGGAUGAAAGCUCCCUCGAUGAGGCGGACAAAAAGGGGACUAUACCGCUAGAAGGCGAGGUGCAGCUGCAGGAAGUGCUUGGGUUGGAUGGCACAAUAGUAGCCGAUGCUGGGAGGACACUUCGACUCGUUCGUGUACCGCUUAAACCCGUGGAUGGCGCACCCAGCGAAUCUCCGGCCGACCAAAAGCGAAAUGAGGAGGAAAGAGUGAUAGCGCAACGUAUCUCCACGGUACAAAGCAGGGUCGUUGUCUUUGCUGGACCAAAAGUGUGGACAUUACUCCCAUGCCCGUUAUCAGUACGGCUCAAUUCGCGCCUUCCAAACUUUUCCGAUGAGAAUUUCGAUGGCAUCCUUGCUAGAGUGCGACGAGUGCUUCAUGUACUUCAUGAAGUGCAAUCGAUGGAGCCGGACUCCGAGACAAGUUUCCAUGAGGUGUCGUUUGUUAGGCAGAAGUGUGGGCUACUGGUACUUGGGGAACUCUUAAAGAUCACGCAAAAGCAAACCGCCGAUAUCACAGCCGAUGAAAUUCUAAAAGUGGAGGUGGCACUAAUAGAGAGUGCGCUCGAUCCUAGGUUUAUUGUCGCUCUUUUUGGUAACGCCUUUGAGGAGGAUAUAGUGGAAGGGGACGGCGGAGUAUGGGUUUAUGGUGGAGUGAAGGAGGUGUUCAUGAACCUGAAGGAGUCGAAGGAAGUGGGUAGCGCUUUCACUAGAGACGUGUUGCUGCUACUGAAGCGUGUGGCUGAUGAGAAGGAGGUCUUCUCAACGGUUGAUGCGGCGAUGCUGAGGGUGCUGCUGAUGCUGGACUCAGAAAAGUACUUGGUCGAUAGGGGACAGACUGUAGUCCCUGAAGGCAAUGUUCGGGCGGAGCUAUACGCUUUCAUCGAUGCCGGUGUUGACGAUAUCGCUGGUACGGCCUCUAUCCUCGAGACCUUCGGGCGACUCUAUGUUCUCAGCAUUCUUUACUCCAAGGCGAAGAUGUUCAGAGGUGUACUCGACACUUGGAGACGGAUACUCGACGGAGAAGACACCUCCGGCGAGUUUGAGAAUGGAGAAGUCAGGGUCAAAAAUUAUCUGCUCAAGAUGAGGGACCCAGAGCUCGUAGAAGAAUUUGGAUGCUGGCUUGCGACACGUAAUGCCGUGCUGGGAAUCCAGGUCUUCGCUGCCGAGGAAGCGAGAGUCAAAUUUGAAACCGCAAAGGUGCUUGAGAUGCUACGUGCACGGGCUCCUGAAGCGGUUCGACCGUAUGUUGAAUAUCUUGUUCUCGAGAAAAAGAAUACAGCUCACGCCAACGAGCUCAUCUUCCUAUACCUCGACGAUCUUACUCAUACGCUCUCAGUCGACCCUUCGGCGGUAACAGCCCUCCAAACGUCAUAUGAAUCUUACCGGGCUCUUCACACACCUAAACCCACCUAUCACGAAUUCAUCGUCGAUAAUUCACCAGCAGCCGGCUCCGAACCGUGGUGGCACAACCGCAUGCGACUACUUGAGCUCCUCGGUGGUGCUAGUGGCUAUGAUAUCGCCCAAGUCUCCGAGUCUAUCAAGCAGUACCGUGAAAUCCUCGUACCAGAAAUGGUGAUCCUCUACGGCCGCGAAUCCAAACACACGGACGCACUAAAGCUCCUCACCCACGACCUUCGAGACUUUGACACCGCGAUCAACUACUGCCUCUUUGGCGGUCUGAGCAUAUUCCAGACCCGAAAUGUCAUCACCGACCGUGCAGAGCAAAGCGAGCUCUUCGCCGUCCUGCUCGACGAGUAUUUGAAACUCAAGAACAUGAACGAAAGGAUCGAGCAAACCAGCCAGCUACUCGAGAAAUUCGGGCGCUGGUUGGAUGUUACUCAUGUCCUGAGUGUUAUUCCCGACGAUUGGAGUAUUGAUAUUGUGGGUGGGUUCUUGAUUACGGCGCUCAGACAGCUAGUCAGAGAGAAGGCUGAGGCGAAGAUCGAGAGAGCCAUAGGGAGGAGCAAGAAUCUUCGGGUUGAGGCCGAGUUUGUUAGACAGUGUGAUGAGAUCGGGCCCGUUGUUGAUUUGGGGAAUUAGGUGAUGUGUGCAUAUUAUUUUCUGGGCGUUUGGGAGUUGGAGAACGUUUCUUUCAUGUCUAGAUGGAGGGAAUAUAGGAUGCUUUUGGGCAGAGAGGACUAUCACUGAUUGCCAUUCUGAUGGCCACAGAGGACACAAGAAACAGCUUUGGACUGACGAGAGAGAGAACAUCAAUUCGUUUCGCAUACAGCCGUACUAUGUAGACGAUGGCGAACCAAACUAACUAGCAUUUCCCGUCUGCUCUGCAAAGGAUCGAGGUGGAAACUCCGCUAGCACACAGUCCGUUCCGCGCCACUGCAUACCAAAGCCGGUUGCUUUGGGCUAACGGAAUUAAGGCAAGGAGACGUGCUUUGAAUCUCUCGAGUGAGACUUCAUGCUUUCCGUGCGCGGCUCU